CUCCGUUUCUCCGCCCACCUUCGGUCAUCCGCUGCUCCAGCCUCAGUUGCGACAGACAACCAGGCGCUAGCCGGACUGUUUCACGGCGUUUUCUGCUUCCUUGUCGUCUCAGUCGUUCCGGGCUAAGGCUUCUCCACGGGCCGGCCAGGAGUGCGGUUGCGUCUCUUCGAGGCUGGGAAUUAGCAGCAACAGAAUUAGCUUCACAACCCACAGUUGCAUUCUUUUUCAAAUUUGUACUAAUAUCUACAUUUUUCUCUAUACGUUUAAAUCACAGUUUGACGUAUAACAUGGCCAGACCUUCUAUAAAUCCUACUUUCUUGAUGCCAAGUCACGGCGUCCUCAAAUCCUUGCUGGAGAAUCCACUCAAGCUGCCUUUUCAACACGACGAAGGGUUUGGAAAAGGCAAGGUGUUGGAGAAGAAGCUCGACGAUGAGAGCGGCACCAAUAACCACCCACAGUCGGCCUUUCUUGGACCGACCCUGUGGGACAAGACGCUGCCCUACGACGGGGACAACUUUCAGUUGGAGUACAUGGACCUGGAGGAGUUUCUGUCAGAGAACGGCAUUCCCACGAACACGACCCAGAGUGACCAGGCUCAGCAGGUGCCACGGCCACCUGCGCAGCAACAGCAGCAGAAGCAAAAGCAAAAGCAGCAACAACAACAACAACAACAACAGCAAACGGUUACCCCCGCAGCCUCUGGGGUGGAUCUCAACCGUUGUGCUUCCACCUCAGUUCACUCAGGCAUGGUGCCCCAGACCUGCAUCCACAAUUCUAGCACUACAGCCCGGGACACACCCAGCCCCAUUGACCCAGAGACCAUUCAUGUGCCAUUGACCUAUGAACCAGACCCAGCUGACUUGGCUCUUUCCAGCGUCCCUGGACAGGAAAUGUUUGAUCCCAGAAAACGGAAAUUCACUGCAGAUGAACUAAAGCCACAGCCCAUGAUCAAAAAAGCCCGGAAGGUCUUUAUUCCUGAAGACCUGAAGGAUGACAGGUACUGGGCACGGCGCAGAAAGAACAACGUUGCUGCAAAGCGCUCACGGGACGCUCGCAGGCUGAAGGAGAACCAGAUUGCCAUUCGCGCCUCCUUCCUGGAGAAAGAGAACGCGGCGCUGCGUUUGGAGGUGGCGGACUUGAGGAAGGAGCUUGGCCGCUGCAAAAACGUUAUGGCAAAAUACGAGGCCCGACAUGGGCCCCUGUGAGGAGUACACCCCCCCCCCAUGCCCCGUACUACACCCUCCUCUUGCCCCUAUUCACACACCGCACAGAUCCCCCAUACCUGGUAAUAAUAACUAUCCUUACUAUUUUAUGUUGUUUUUUGUAUUUUAUAUGCGUCUAAGUUUGAAGGACAACUAAAUGUUUCGGUGGCACUUCCUCCCCCUCCCCUAAACACUCUCCUUUUCCUUUGUAAUUCUGCUACUGUCAUUACUCAUAAGCUAUAUUUUAUUUUUCUUUCAAAAAUAUAUAUUUAUAUAUAUAUACAUAUAUAUGAACACAUAGAUAAAUACGGUUGCUAUAUAUAUACCGUAUAUUUACCCAAGGGUAUAAUCAGGUUUGGAGUUUUUGGAUGUAAGGAAUAUUUGUGCAAAAUGUGACAAACUUUUGUCGUUUUUUUUUUUUUUUUUUUUUUUUUUUUUGGUUCGGUUAAACAGUUUAUUCAUCUAGCGGUUGCUCGGUUCAACUCUUCUUUAUUAUUAUGAUCAUCAUGUCCCUGUGUGGAUCGUGUUUUUUUUUAAAUUAAUUGGCAUGGUGCUGGUUACACUGGGCUAUCUCAAGGCUUCAUAUUAUAUAAAAAAAAUGAGAUUCUAUUAUUACUUUUAUUUAGAUAUUUGAUGGAUCGACUUGCAUAUAGCCACCAGGGGGCGCCUUAAUCAGGUUCUCAAAAAAGAAAAAAAAUUGUGUAGAGAAUUCGUUGUUGGUCAGGUGUUGGUCAGUCUCAGUAGUAGUUCUCAGUCAUUGGAUGAUACUCUCCAGAUCAGAGACACCGUUGUCUCAUCUGCGUCCCGCCCUUUUGUCCCACAUCAAAACUCCAUGUCUCCAAAUUCUAACUUCUUAAUAUACAGUAUACCUCUGUGCAUUCUGCUUUAUUUCCUCCUUUUUCCCACCCCGGACAGUGAGCAAUAACUCUUCUCCGCCCAACUAUAAUCACUAACCACUCUGCUUCUCCUGUCUCUCCGUUUACCACAAAGACCUUGGUCGACCUCUGCACUAACGCGUAUCUCACAAUCUUGAUCUAUUUGUUUAAGCUUACCCUCUUGGAUGGAUCAAACCAUUGAGAAUGUUUUGUGACAUUUGCUGCACUUUGCUUAAGCUGCGGUCCCACAGAAAAUGUUGUACUCAACAACUGUUAUCCUCACUGAAAGUAAGAUUGAAAAGUACUGUUAAGCAACAGGACAUUUUCGCUAUCUCCCGAUAUUUUACGGUAAAAACAAUUUUUUUUAAGAUUUCCAAUAUUUUCAUUAAAAAUAAUAAUAUGCUAGCCUAAAAAGGGAAAAACAGUAUAUAAAUGAACAAAAAGACAGUUUGCAACACA